UUUAAGUAUCUGACAACGUGAAUGGCAGCAUUCCAGUGUGCUUCACAAGGGUGUUGGAGAUGUUGGCUCAAUUGUUGCACAGCGUAGCAUAAAUCUGGCCUUGUAAAUCCCAGGAUUUGGAUGAAUUGUUGUGGACAAAUCUUCAGAGUUUCAAGUUGCUGCAGCGAUUAUACAGAGAAGGUUAUUUCAGAUCUUUGCCUGCUCUGGUGCCAUGUUGCAAUUUCAAGAAUGAAAUGUAAGCUUGGAGAAUUAUUCAAGAAGAAAAAUCAACCACAAGAAGCGGUUGUAUAGCCACAGAUCAUUCGAGUUUCCGUUACAGCAAAGGAGACUCAAGUCUUCCUUUUUAUAAACAGGGAAGCAGCUAACAGAAUAAACUAACAGACCAAAGAAGAAAAAAAACAGAAGCGUGCUAGCGCUUUUACAAGGAAGGAGAAGACUCCCAACGGUUACAAAGAAACGCAUUUUCACUUAACCCACAAAGAAGAAAGAAAGCGCCGUUAUGCGGAAGUGCGAGAAUGACUACAGCAGCUCAGUUCUUCUUGCUCUGAGAUUUUCUGCAGCUGCAACCUUGAGAAUCACUGUUGGGUUUCAUCAGACCCCUCUCGUUUUUAUGACACUGGGACAUGGCCUGAGGAAACACAAGCAUCAAUACUAUGUUGCAGAUCAUUCUGAUGAUGCUUCUUCGGCUCAUGGGAGUGGAUCUUCCACUAAUGGAAGAAGAAAUUCAGAAAUAGCAUCUCUUGACAGUAUAACAAAGAAAUUUGAUGGUGCAUUGAAAUCUGAUUAUGCAUAUGGGCCUAGUGCUGAACCCCUUGGAGCUGGAAUCGCAUCAGAUGCUGGAAUUUCCAAACUAGUACAGAAUGUUCCCAUAGCAGAAGAUCAAAUGCCAAAACCAUUGGAAUUACCAUUUGUUACCCGUCCAUGUUACGAUAAUGAUUUUCCUUCAUUAUCAGCCCACUCUGAACUGAAUGCAAGAACUAUUCAGAUGAUUCAAGCUCAGGAUGUAAAGGAAGAUAAUUGUACUACCUACACACCACUUGUUGAUAUGUUACAUAAGAAAGGGGAGCCUUCUCAGACUACUGGCCCUGGGUCUCAGGUUGGCCGAUUCUCUCAGGAUGUAAAGGAAGACACUUGUACUACCUACUCACCACUUGUUGAUAUGUUACAUAAGAAAGGGGAGCCUUCUCAGACUACUGGCCCUGAUGCUCAAGUUGGCCGAUUCUCUCAGGAAGUCCAAAGGGGGAAGAGUACUACUGAGGGAAUUAUUGAGAAAGGUGAAUAUGAAAAUUCUGAUUUCCAGCACAAGGGAUUUUCUUUUGAUAUUUGUGAGGAGAGAAGUAGGAGUGUUGUGAAGUUGAAAUCCCCGUUGCAUGUUAAGAACAGAGCAAUGAGGAAUGAAAGGAAGCGUCAUAUGGUAGGAGACAACAUAAAGAUUUUUAGGCCUGGCAUGAUUCUUAUAAAGGGUUAUCUUUCAUUGAUGGACCAGGUCAAAUUGAUUAUGUCAUGCCGUGAUCUUGGCCGGGGACCUGGAGGUUUUUACCAGCCUGGUUAUGGUGAUGGUGCGAAGUUACACUUGAAGAUGAUGUGCCUCGGUAAGAAUUGGGAUCCUGAGACAAGCUCGUAUAUUGAUACAAGGCCGAUUGAUGAAACCAAACCUCCACCUAUUCCUGAUGAGUUUGCACAGUUGGUGAAAGGAGCAAUUCAGGAGUGCCAUGAUUAUUUGGAGUCAAAUUCUAAAGUGAGGGAUGCUAGAAAUGUUCUUCCUUCAAUGUCUCCUGACAUCUGUAUCAUCAACUUUUACACAAAAACUGGCAAGCUUGGUCUUCAUCAGGAUAAAGAUGAAAGUCAAGAAAGUCUACGCAGAAGACUUCCUGUGGUCUCUUUCUCUCUUGGUGACUCUGCUGAAUUUGUAUUUGGGGACCAGAGGGACAUUGACAAGGCAGAAAAAUUGAUAUUGGCAUCAGGCGAUGUGUUAAUUUUUGGUGGUGAAUCUAGGCAUAUUUUUCAUGGAGUUAGUGCCAUUUAUCCCGACACUGCUCCUAAAGCUCUAUUGGACGAAACAAAUCUUAGGCCAGGCCGUCUGAAUCUCACUUUCAGGAAGUACUGAUGUAACCAUCUGGAUGUGACUCUGCUAUGUCCAUCUUGCAUGUCUCUGGCUGUUUGAAUUACCAACUGGGCUAGUGAUAACAGGUAGAUACUGGUUUGCCCCAUAGUCUUAAGGAUGUGUUGAUUGUAAAUGUGUUUUGGUCAUCGUCUUUUACUCAUUGAGUUCAGCUAUGGGGCCAGUUGCAGAGGGUUUAAGGACAUUUUGCCAGAGAAAAUAAAGAAAAAGAGUAAACAGGCUGGAAUUGUGGGCUUCAACAUAUAGGCUGAAAGUGGAAUGCUUUAAUCAGAGGCGCUACUUUGGCAAAUCCAUAUGCAUUUUCAUUGUCAAAAUCAAGCUCAUGAGGGAUUCUGGGAAAUCACUAUUCAUGUCUCCCCCAAUAAAUUUGCAUGCUCAUGAGGCUCGAGUUGACAACUCUACACUCAUCGCCCUCCCAUGGACACUACCUCUCAUCACCCACUUCUAGAUUGCCACCACAGUGACAUGGGGAAAUGCUGACCUGCUUGGUGCUGGAAUUUGGUGUUUUCGUCUUUGUCAUGUGCCCCAAUGCUUCACCGGCCGUGGCUGGGACCUAUGACAUGAUCUCUUUGUUGUUCACUUCCCUACUAGCUCUGGUCCGAUCAGCCUAACUGAUACUUCCUGACUUCAUUAUGUUUAAUAUAUCAUUGGUAAAUGCUGUCUUGGUUCUGGACUUUAUAAUUUUUAUAUUGCGUUGGUAAUUACUAUCUUGCACCAUGGGGAAAAUGUUGUACGAAUGUCAUCCUACCCCUAACUCAUGUUUUCUAUGUCUCGAUGGGUGUUCUUUAGGGUGUUGUUGUUGCGGUUACCACACUUGACACCCUGGUUGGAAGCUUCUUGUUUUCGUUCAAGGGCCUGAGGGGCUUCGCACUAUGUUCUCAACGUUUGACACCUUAGUAAUGGAUUAAAUUGCUUUGUAAUGAUUCUUGGUAAUCUAAAUCUUGUUAAUAGCUUUACUGAGUGAAAAAUAUAUAUUUGCUCGACUCGAUGCAAGUAGCAUAAGAAUGCAUCUAUGCAGCCCUGUUGCAUUAGUGGCUUUACGCUAAUAUAUUGCCAUGCAAGUGAAA